AUGCAGGAGGGAGAGGGACUGGGCGGCUCUUGGCGAUGGGCCGGCGGGCUGAUCGCGGAGCGCGUCCUCGCCUACGACGUCGCCGACUUUCUCCGCUUCCACGCCGUGUGCCGCCCGUGGCGGCGGUGCUCCGUGGACCCGCACGCGCACGACGGCCUGGACCGCCGCUUCCAUCCCCGGCGGUGGAUCAUGCUCCGGGAGGAACUCGCCGCGCCGGAACGCCGCUGCUUCCUCAACACAUCCACCGCCGAGUGCGUCCAGGUCGACAUCCCGGAGCUCCAUGACCAUAAGUUGCUGGCCGUCACCCCCGAGGGCCUCCUUCUCCUGGUCCACCAACGCAACCACGUCCGCCUCCUCAACCCGCUCACCCGACAACUCACAGAGUUGCCGCCGCUCACCUCACUGCUGCCCUCCAAGUUCAAGGACAUGGGCAUACUUGACGAGAGUAAUGAACUUUUCGACACCGAAUUCAUUGCGUGGGGCUCUGGUGUUGCCAGUGAUGGUUCCACAUUUGUCCUCUGCUUCAACAUGCUUGACCUGCUUGCCACGGCCAAGCCCGGCGACGACCACUGGACGUCGGUAAAGGACAACGGUGAUGGGGCACUGGCAGCCUUAAUGUUUGAGGGACGCUUCUACUGCGUUGACAACAAUGGUGUCAUGGUACUUGAAACUGGAGCAGAUCACCCACCACGCCUGGAGGUGGCUGCCAAGAUGGAUAGCAUUUAUGCCAAGAUGGAAAACAUGGAUGACUCGGAAUUUGAGGAUAAUUUCCACCUUGUCGACAAUUGUGGGGAGCUGAUGCUGGUGCACCGUUGGGGUGGAGUGACAGCCGAGAAUAAAUCGUGUUGUUUUUAUGACCCGUAUCGAGUGGAUUUGGACAACGGCACACUAUUUCCGGUCAAGAGCUUGGGCGGUAGUGCAGGGUGCGUGGUGUUCAUUGGUAUGCAUAGCUCUCUCUCGGUGUCUCUGGAUGUUUUCCCCUCUGGAUCAAUAAUCGCCGACACAAUCUACUUGAGCUUUGAUGAUGUUGGUGAGAGAGAAUGGUUAGAAGUUGGAGCAUAUCAUCUCACGGAUGGAAGCAUACAACGCCCUUGCACAUAUAGCAGUGGUUUGGUGCCACGGCCUCAUACUCUUGUUGACUGUCUAUCUUUGUCGAAUACUGUCCGAGGACUUACGCCAUUUCCUUGAUAUUUAGCAGGCAUGGAUAUGCAAUGCGUACCCUUUUAUGUCAUUUGGUUUACAUAGUGUUUGAGUGGGUGUAUCUAGCAAGAAUUAUGUAUGGCUGUGGUGACAUUGUGAGUUUUUGGGACGAUGCUUGGUUGAAAGACAAAACCUCCUUUUGCACUUUACCAUAAACAUACGACAU